AUGAGUGGUGCAGCUCUGGGACUCGAGAUUGUUUUUGUCUUUUUCCUGGCGUUAUUCCUACUUCAUCGGUAUGGAGACUUUAAGAAGCAGCAUAGACUUGUCAUUGUUGGAACACUACUAGCUUGGUAUCUCUGCUUUCUGAUUGUCUUCAUACUCCCUCUGGAUGUUAGUACGACAAUAUACAACCGGUGCAAACAUGCUGCUGCAAACUCAAGCCCUCCUGAGGGUAGCAACAUGACAGGAUUGUAUGCAACUGCUACCCCGGUCCCAAGCCAACAUCCGUGUUUCAAGCCAUGGAGUUAUAUUCCUGAUGGAAUCAUGCCAAUUUUCUGGAGGGUAGUAUAUUGGACUUCACAGUUUUUAACAUGGAUUCUGUUACCUUUCAUGCAGUCAUAUGCAAGAUCAGGAGGGUUUUCCAUCACUGGGAAAAUCAAAACUGCACUAAUUGAGAAUGCAAUCUAUUAUGGCACCUAUUUGCUGAUUUUUGGAGCAUUUUUAAUUUAUGUAGCUGUCAACCCACACUUGCACCUAGAAUGGAACCAGCUUCAGACAAUUGGGAUAGCAGCUGCAAAUACAUGGGGUCUGUUUCUUCUUGUGUUGUUGUUGGGGUAUGGCUUGGUAGAAAUUCCUCGGUCAUACUGGAAUGGCGCAAAAAGAGGUUAUCUACUCAUGAAAACUUAUUUUAAGGCAGCCAAAUUGAUGACAGAGAAAGCAGAUGCAGAAGAGACUUUAGAAGAUGUCAUGGAGGAAGUUCGUAAAGUGAAUGAGAGCAUCAAGUAUAACCACCCACUGAGAAAAUGUGUUGACACAAUACUUAAAAAGUGUCCUAUAGAGUAUCAGGAAAAAAUGGGCAGGAACAUGGAUGAUUAUGAAGAUUUUGAUGAAAAGCAUAAUACCUACCCAAGUGAAAAAAGUCUGGUAAAACUACAUAAACAGGUGAUUUAUUCAGUUCAGCGACAUCGUCGAACUCAAGUACAAUGGCAGAUUCUUUUGGAACAAGCAUUUUAUCUAGAAGAUGUAGCAAAAAAUGAAACAAGUGCUACUUGUCAGUUUGUUCAUACCUUUCAAUCGCCAGAGCCAGAAAAUAGAUUUAUUCAAUAUUUUUAUAAUCCUACAGUUGAGUGGUACUGGGAAUGUCUUUUGCGACCCUGGUUUUAUCGGGUACUUGCUGUGGUGUUGUCCAUAUUCUCUGUGAUAGUUGUGUGGUCAGAGUGCACAUUCUUUAGCACUAGACCUGUCUUAUCCCUCUUUGCAGUCUUCAUACAGCUGGCUGAAAAAACAUACAAUUAUAUUUAUAUCGAGAUUGCUUGCUUUCUUUCCAUCUUCUUCCUCAGUAUCUGUGUUUAUUCUACUGUGUUCAGGAUUCGUGUAUUUAACUAUUACUACCUGGCUUCACAUCACCAGACUGAUGCAUAUAGCCUUCUUUUCAGUGGCAUGUUAUUUUGCCGUUUGACUCCUCCUUUAUGUCUUAAUUUCUUGGGUUUGACCCACAUGGAUUCAUCCAUCUCUCACCAAAAUACACAGCCAACUGCUUAUACAUCUAUUAUGGGUUCCAUGAAAGUUUUAUCCUUUAUUGCAGAUGGGUUCUAUAUAUAUUAUCCUAUGUUGGUGGUAAUUCUCUGCAUUGCUACGUAUUUUAGCUUGGGAACUCGUUGUUUGAAUCUACUUGGUUUCCAGCAGUUCAUGGGAGAUAAUGAUAUGACAUCAGACUUAGUUGAUGAAGGAAAAGAAUUAAUCAGACGAGAGAAGAGAAAAAGGCAACGGCAAGAAGAGGGUGAAAACAGAAGAAGAGAAUGGAAAGAGCGUUAUGGACACAGUAGAGAAGAUUCCACUAGAAACAGAAAUGUUCAUAUUGACCCAAAAGAAUCAAACUUCUCAGAAAUGAGUACUAACCGAUCGACAUCUAAAUAUAACAGGGCUAAUAACAGGACUGAGAGGGACCGAAUAGAACUUCUUCAGGAUGCGGAACCUUUGGAUUUUAAUGCAGAAACAUUCACUGAUGACCCUCUUGAAUCUGAAUCAGGAAGGUAUCAGCCUGGUGGACGAUACCUCUCAAUGUCUCGCAGCAGAAUAUUCGAUGAUGUUUAA